AUGGAAGUUGAUGGUGAAGUUGAAGUAGAAGCUGAUUUACCAACUUCAUCAUCUUCAACAGUUCUAACAACUACGACAACUACAAAUGGCAGCAAUCCAUCUAUACCAGUUCGUGUUAUUUUACCGACUUCAUAUCAAUUCAUUAUAAGCCCAGAAGAUGUCAAUCGUUUAUUGGAAAUGCGACGUAUAUUUUAUCAAAAAGAAAAUGAACGAAAAUUAUCUAAAUUAGGUCUUCCAAUAUUAGUUGAUAAUGAGGGACGAUUAUCAACAACAAUAUCAACAAAUGAUGAUAAUACAAAUUCUAAUACAGUUUCAUCAUCAACAGGAAAACCUAUUCGACGUCGUGAUAUGGAAUGGUUAUCAAUAGUAUUACCAUUUGUUAAAAAUUAUAAUCCACAUUGUGGUAUAUGUGCAUCAAGUAAAAAUUAUGGUCGACGUUUAGAUACAGCAAAUAGUUAUUUAUUACGUUCAUAUUUUUAUUGUCAAGGUCGUGAUUGUCCAUUUAAUUGUAUAGUUACAAUAAAAGAAAAUGGUAAAGCAUUAUUAUGUUCACGUUUUUCUAAUGGAAAUAUAGUUGAUCAUAGAAAUGCUAAACGUGUUGCAAGACCAAAUCGUUCAUUAAAUAAAUCAAAUACAAAUAAUAAUAAUAAUAAUAAUAAUAAUAAUAAUAAUAAUGAAAUACGUUCAAAUAAUUCAACAAAACGUUACCAUAAAUCACCAAAUCCAAUUUUACAACAAUGGAAUCAAACAUUUACAGAUGACUUAACAGCAAAUUUUAAUACAAGUGAUAUAAAUUUAACUGAUACGGACUUUGAAGAAACAUUACGUUUAUCAUCAACGAAACGUUUUAUUAAUAUGUGUUGUAAUCUUGUUCAAUUAACAACAAAUUUACGUCAUGAAAUUGAUCCAACUGGUUUAUUACCAGGUGCAUUACAAAAUGUUUCAUUAAAUCCAUUUCAUAUUGCUGUUCAUACGGAAAAUUCAGUACGUUAUUAUCAUUCAAUGUUAACAAAAAAAUCACUUGAUAAACCACCUCCACUUAUACAUAUCAAACCAGCAACGACUAUUCAACAAAAUAAUACAAUUAGUACAGCUAGUCAAAUAAUUAUUCUCAAUAGUGAUAUUAUUUAUCAUCCUGCUCGAACAAAUUCUUCACUAACGACUCCAACAAGAAUCGCUGCAUCUACUUCUGCAUCUCAACAUCAUAUUGCCUAUAUGAUUGUUGAUAUUGUGGAGCAUGAAGAAAAAAAAUUAUUUUAUUAUGAAUUUAUGUUAAGUAAUCUUGAUGAUACGUCAUUCAUUCCAAUAAGUCUUACUUAUACAGAAGAUACCGAUGAUAUUGUUGCUCAAAAUUAUGCUCUUAAAUCAUGGUUGGAACGUUUUCGUUUUGAUCAUGAACAUUUAUAUAAAUCUUCUUUACCAUCAUUAUCAAAAAAUUAUAUUUUUCCUCAACCAUUACUGUUACUUGUUGAUGAUCAUCGUGAAACACCAUUAAAUAAUUCUUGUCUACAAUUUUUUAAUAAUGAAACAUUUAAAGAAUAUAUAAUGCGAACUUAUUUACUUGUUUCAUCAAAAAUUGAAUAUCCUGUACAACAAGAACCUAUAAAUCGAAUCGUUCUUUAUGUUAGUUCAUCGUUAAUUAUAUUUGAUUUUCGUACACUAGUUAAUAAAUAUGUAUCAAAUGAACUUCGUCAAUUGGCACUAUGGUCAAGUUUAUUAUUAUUAUAUACUCAAACAUGGCGUGAAGUUAGACAAAAUUGGUCAUUAAUAUGUGAAAUAUUUCUUAAUUGGGGAACAAAUUUUGUUUCACUAAAAGCUUACGAAGAAUUAUGUACAAAAGUAGCAAAAAUUGAAAAUGAUCCGGAUAUAACACAUCUUAUGGAUCUUAUAUAUAAUAGUACAAAUACAAUCAAUGAUAAUGAACAACAACAACAACAACAAGAUGAUCAUGAUAAUGAUAAUGAUAAUGAUGAUAAAACAAGUGAAGAUAUUAUUGAUCUUUCAGAUUUUCAAAAUGAUCAUUUUUAUACAAAAAAUAUGAUUACCAAUGAAACCAAUCGUUAUAUAUCACCAUAUGAAAAUGAUUUACGACGUAUAUUUAAUGAAAAAAAUAAAUCUAAAACAGCAUUGAUAUCAUCAUGGGAAACAUUAUCAAUAUCGGAUCGUACUAUAUUAAAAAAAAUAAAAGGUAAUUGGAAAUGGCUUCAUUUAUUACUUAAAGAUUAUAUACCAUCAAUACCACUUUGGUCAAAUUUAAUACAUUCCAUAUCAAAUAAUCUUAAACAUGUUCGUCUUAAUAAGCGUAUGUCAAGAUUGAUGAUUAGUAAAGAUAAACGACUUAAUCAAAUAAAACGUAUUCAAUUAGCUGAACGUGUUCAUAGAAAAACUGAUCUUGUUAUAAGCAGUUUAGCAAAAGAUUUAUAUUCACAAGUAACUAAUGCUGAUUUAAAACAAUAA